AUGUGCCGCCCCCUGUGCUGCGUUUCUGCCUCAGGCUCACUGUCUCAACCAGUGAGCCGCCCCGUGCUGUGGCAGGCUCCGAUCGGCGUCCAUUCCAUCUUCCAGGCGAGCAGAAGCUUGGGCUGCAAUGAGUGGGUACCUAGCGAGCGAGGAGAGAGGAGCAGCACAGCGCAGUGCAGCACAGCACAGCACAGCACAGUACAGCGGCACAACCAAGCGCCCGUACAUCAAUCAUACCAGACUCCUGAGCGAGGGAAUUGGACUACGGCUGCUGGUGGGUGUGCGCCGCUCGUCGCCGGGCCCCAGGCAGAGGAGAAGGUCACACUCACUGAAGAAAUGCAAGCAGCAGGUCCGGUCCGACGAGGAACAAUUGACAGUGGACACAGGAGCAGGCCACCAGCGAGCGAGGCUCACACCACGACCCGUGAGGAGCGUGGGAGCGUGGGAGAAGACACGGGGAGGCACGGGGAGGCACGGAGAGGCACGGGGAACGACACGCCCUCUGUGCAGUGCGCGGUGCAGCGCUGUGCGGACACUGCCGUACAGAGGUGCAGAAUUGCACGGGCGAGGGAGGCAGCGGAGGCAAAUAUCUGCCCACCACCGAUGUCGCUGUGGUGUUCAUCAGCCCAGGCCCCAGCCAGAAUCUCGGCUGAUGCCCUCGCGGUGGAAUCCGGGACCCUCAUGGCGCUCAGGGCCCUCAGUCAGCUCCCGUCUGAGUCACCUCAUCCGCUCGCUUGA